CUCAAAUUGAACCAAAUAAUCUUGAUGAUAGUUUAAAUGAUCCUAAUUCGGUGAUGGCUAUGCAAGAAGAAUUAGCUCAAUUUGAAAGAAAUAAGGUUUGGAAUCUUGUUUCUAGACCUAAAAACCAUCCCAUCAUAGGAACUAAAUGGGUUUUUAGAAAUAAGUUAAAUGAGAAUGGAAUUGUGGUUAGAAACAAGGCAAGACUAGUUGCUAAAGGCUAUUGUCAAGAAGAAGGAAUUGAUUUUGAUGAGACUUUUGCCCCGGUAGCUAGACUUGAAGCAAUUAGAAUGUUAUUGACUUUUGCAUGCUUUAAAGGUUUUACACUUUAUCAAAUGGAUGUUAAAAGUGCUUUUCUAAAUGGUUAUAUUCAAGAAGAGGUUUAUGUUGAGCAACCUCCCGGUUUUGAAGAUCCAUCUUAUCCAAACCAUGUUUAUAAACCUUCAAAGGCUUUGUAUGGCUUAAAACAAGCUCCUAGAGCUUGGUAUGAAAGAUUAAGUAGUUUUUUGCUUGCAAAUGGUUUUUCUAGAGGAAGAGUUGAUACCACCUUGUUUGUGAAAAACAAAGGCCAAAAUAUACUAAUUGUCCAAAUCUAUGUUGAUGAUAUUGUGUUUGGUGCUACUAAUGAUUUUCUUUGUCGAGAGUUUUCCAAAGCUAUGCAAGGUGAAUUUGAAAUGAGCAUGAUGGGUGAGCUCAACUUCUUCUUGGGACUUCAAAUCAAACAAUCCAAAGAAGGCAUCUUCAUUAACCAAAGCAAGUAUACAAAGGAAAUGCUUAAGAAGUUUGGCAUGGAGACUUGUAAGCCAAUAGCUACUCCUAUGAGCACUUCAAUUAAUCUAGACAAGGAUGAAGGAGAUUUCAAGCUUGUCCUAAGGAGUCACACUUAAUUGCGGUUAAAAGAGUCUUUAGUUUAUGACUUUUGGUAUUGAUUGUCUAUGAUUUUGAUGAUUAUAUGCUCUUAUUGAGGGGGAGUUUAUUGGUUGAUGAUUGUAUUCAUGACUUUGGUUGUCUAUGGUGCUAUAUUGAUGAUGAUUGAUGAUUAUAUACAUUACAUAUUCUUGAUGCUUUAAAGGUUGAUAGCAUGAAUUAAGGGGGAGCAUUUUGUGCUUAAAUUACUUCUCUUAAUGGUUAUCAUGCUUAAAUGCUUUAAAGAUUGAUGUGCAUGAAUUAAGGGGGAGUUUGUUG